UACUUUUGAGACUUUGUCUGCAAGGACAAGAUCUUCUCUGUUGUACUACGGAUAAACUCCAGGGGUGAUAUUAUUACUAGAGACAAGAACACAAAAGUUUAACAAGAGCAAAGGAUAGAGACCCAUGAAUGGUCAAGGUCCAUCAGAUGAUUCAGGGAUAUAGCUUCUAAAGUCCAUAGGCCAUACUUGUAGCAAGUUAUGAUCCUUCUCAUAUAUCUGUCUCAUAUUUACACAGAAAGCUCCUGUUGUUCUCGAGAAAGCUAAAUAUAACAUGAAAGGAAGAAGUAUCGAUGAAGGGAUGUUGGAGAGCAUGAAGUUGAAAGGUUAAAUUAUGGCGCAUCACUGAAGCUAGUCGAGCAUGGUGCAGGGGGGAGAAGAUUCUGGGAUGGCAAAUCAUAGAGUUGGUGAAACCAGCCUUUCUAAUUCCGGACCUUCAAAUCAGACUCCAACUUAUGGAAUCCAUGGCACCAAACCUGCUGCCACCAAUUUCUUUGAUCAGGGGGGCACUGGUUACUUUGGGGAGCUGGAAGAGGCUCUCAUGCAGGGAGUUGAUGGCAUUAGAAGCGACGGUGGUGGAAAGGAUUAUUUCACCAGCAGACUCCCCACACUUGAGAUCUUCCCCUCAUGGCCAAUGAGAUUCCAGCAGAACCCCAGAGGGAAUUCACAGUCAGCAGGGAGCACUGAUUCAGGCUCAGCUCAGGUCACAAUAUCUCAGCUGGAAUCAGAGUCUCCAGUUAGCAGGAAGGCCUUCUCAGAGCAGUCAGCUGACCAGAAGCAGCAGCAGCAAGGGAUGAUGGCUAGUGAUGCCUCCAGGGCAGGAGCAACACCAAAUUAUCAGCAAGGAGCCCAAGAAAAGAAGAAGAUGGGUGGUUCAACUACAGGGAAAGAUACCAAGAUGCUUGAUGCUAAGACUUUGAGGCGCUUAGCUCAAAAUAGAGAAGCAGCAAGGAAGAGCCGACUAAGAAAGAAGGCAUAUGUGCAACAGCUAGAAUCUAGCAGAAUUAGGCUUCAGCAGUUGGAACAAGAACUCCAGAGAGCAAGAUCGCAGGGUCUGUUCUUGGGAGGAGGGAGUGCAAGUGGAGAUAUCAGCUCCGGUGCAGCAAUGUUCGACAUGGAGUACAACCGAUGGUUGGAUGAUACCAGCAAGCACAUGUCUGAGCUCAGAGGUGGAUUGCAGGCUCACCUGCCUGACAGCAAUCUUGCCAUCACCGUCGACGAGUGCAUUGCUCACUACGACGAGCUCUUCCGGUUGAAAGGCGUCGCAGCAAAAUCCGACGUCUUCCACCUCUUGACCGGAAUGUGGACUACACCUGCAGAACGGUGUUUUCUGUGGAUGGGUGGAUUUAAACCCUCCGAGCUUCUCAAGAUACUGAUGCCUCAGCUGGACCCAUUGACGGAGCAGCAGCUAAUGGGGAUAUGCAACCUUCAGCAAUCAUCGCAGCAGGCAGAGGAAGCCCUUUCACAGGGUCUUGAACAGCUUCACCAGUCCUUAGCCGACACAGUUGCAAGUGGGUCUCUCAGCGAUGGCACCGACAUCACAAAUUACAUGGGCCACAUGGCUAUUGCAUUAGGAAAGCUUGCCAACCUUGAAGGAUUCAUCCAGCAGGCGGACAAUUUGAGACAACAGACAAUACACCAGAUGCGCCGGAUCUUAACGAUUCGACAAGCAGCAAGAUGUUUUCUAGCAAUUGGAGAGUACUAUAGCCGCCUGAGAGCUCUAAGCUCCCUCUGGGCUUCUCGCCCUCAAGAGAACUUGAUCACAAACGACAGUGUUUGCCCUACAACGACAGACCUGCAAAUAGUUCACCAUCCGAUUCACCAUCAUUUUUCUGCCUUCUGACCGAUUCAUUGAGAAGAUGGCAGAGUUGUCCAAAUCCAAUGUUAUAAACCUCCUGCUUAUCUUUAUUUUGAGAGAGAUCCAAGCGUGCUAUGUCCGCACAGUGGGUUUAUCCGACCAUUCAAAGGGGCCCUUGGUCAUCUGGCUCGUGAGUAAGAUGAAGGGUUAGGAGCAAAGAGAGAGAAACGAAGAACAAAAAGUAGAGGCAGGAAAGAUAUGAUAUGGAGUAUAAUAUUAUUAAUGUGUAUAAUAUAAACAUAUAUAUUUAUGGUUCAGUAUGAAAUAUGUUGCAUAAUAUUAUUUGCAAGUUGCAUGGAAAAGGACAAGUUAGAGCGGUUAUGAGUUCAAUUAAUGCGCCUUUGUGUAGGUGGAGUUACAGCGAAUUCCCGCACUUCUGAAAUAAAAUGCUUGAUACCCCUCAGGGUAUCUCAACUUCAGUUUUUUGACAAA